CGCCAGCCGCCGCGUCACGUGAGCGCAGUCUUGUGACUGGCCUGGGAGCAGCAGCAGCAGCAGCAGGCGCCGCCGAGCAGGGAGGGAGGCGAAGAAGGAGCCCGCCGCCUCCAGCGAGCCGCACGCUGCCUGCCCGGGCUGGGGCUCCGCCGAGGGGACGCCCCGCUCCGCUGGCAGCGCCUGGCUCCAUGCUCUGCGCGCAAAGGAGGCGGCUGCCGCUGCUGGCUGGGAGGAGCGGAGGGGCGAGGCGCCUCUGAGCCCCCGGAGCACCCCCGCCGCGCCCUCCCCCCGCCGGGGCCCGAGCAUGGACAGCAAGCCCCUCCUGCAGGAGCGACCCCCCGCCUACAGCCCGGCUGCCCCGGGGGGCGGCGGGGGCGCGGGCUACGAGUACGGGCCGGGCGGCGGCUAUGGGGCCAUCCCGCCCCCCCAGCCGGGCUUCCAGCCGCCUCCGCCCUACCCCUAUCCCACGGGGGCUGCCGCAGGUUAUGUUGUCCCUGCUGGUCCACCUCCACACAACUAUCCCAACACCACGUACACGAUAAUCCAGCAGCCUGCUUCGACUACGUCGGUUGUCGUGGUUGGCGGGUGCCCGGCUUGCAGAGUUGGUGUAUUGGAAGAUACCUUCACCUGUCUUGGCGUCCUCUGUGCCAUCGUAUUCUUCCCUAUCGGAAUUCUUUUCUGCCUUGCAUUGAGGCAACGGAGAUGUCCUAACUGUGGGGCAACAUUUGGUUAAGGGAUCAACGGAGGGGCUUUUGGGAGCUGUAACUAUUAUAGUACCUUUUUUCUAAUGUAAAUGUCAUGUACAAUCAUGUUGAUGCCUCGGAGCUGAUUUUGUAAGUCUCCCGGUUAGUCUCUUGCAUGUGAAAUGAGCAUGUGUAUUGCAAGACACACCUCCCAUCUAGCUUCCUGUUCUAAAUGCACCUUUUUGGAAAUUAAAUAAAUUGCUUUUUUGCAUCUUCA